AUGCCUACUGAUCGCCAACCAAUCAUGAAUAACACUGAUCCAGCCUCCUCCACCAAUGCUACUAGUACUCCCGUUACUACGACAACAUCAGACGACACGCUUCGACAAAAAUACAACCUACUGAAGAAACGAGUUCGAGAAAUAGAAGAGGAUAAUGAUGCUAUUCAUUUGAAGCUGACGAAAGCUAUGCGACAGAUCAAGCGUCUACGAGUGGAACGCAUAGUCUUGCUCGAAGAACUUGAUCAGAAUCGCCGGCGUGAUGGCAAGAGAGCUAACGCAGCAUCCAGUGAUUCCGAAGGUGAUGUCUCAGACUCUGGCUUAGCUAUUUCUUUGAAGACAUCAAACGCUAGCAACACCACAGGUCGAAAGCGAGGUGGCCCCGGAAAAUCCAGAGCAGCCAACAGUAAACAACCACAAGAACGCAAGAAACGUGAUCCCAAUGCACCAAAAGGACCAGGGAAUGUUUUCUUUUUGUAUUGUCGAAUGGAACGUGAUAAUAUCAAAGAUCAAUUGACGAGUGAUAACCUUGGUGAAGCGACCCGUCUUCUUGGCCAAAAGUGGAAGGCCUUAUCAAAAGAAGAGAAACAGGUCUAUUAUGAUAUGUAUAAUAAGGAGCAAAAGGAAUUUGAACAAGCUAUGGAGCUUUACAAUGCUUCAGGAGGCAGUGGCGGCGGAGCGAAUUCUACCAAUAAUAAUGGCACAGACUCUGUGAAGGAAGAAGAGAUAGAUAUGUUGCCCGAUGAAAGCCGAGGAGACGAAUCUUCUUCAAUUACAGAGCCCCAAGGACCUUCAUUACCUGAACCAACAAACACAGAGACUCCAAACAGCGCUUCAGAAGAACCAACAACAACAGUACCUUCAUCACAGUAA